AUGGCGACCAAAGCGGCUCAAAAACGACUCACGAAGGAAUUCGUCGCGAUGCAGAAGGAUCCACCGCCGUUUAUCUGGGCUGUACCGGACGAGAAGAAUAUUUUGACCUGGAAUUAUAUCAUUCGCGGGCCACCCGACUCACCCUUCGCAGGAGGGGAAUUCCACGGAUUGCUCCUAUUUCCUUCGGAGUAUCCGUUCAAACCUCCGGGUAUAAAGAUGCUAACACCGUCUGGCCGAUUCCAUCCUGAUAAGAAGAUUUGUUUCUCAAUGUCCGACUUUCAUCCUGGUUCGUGGAAUCCUGCUUGGAGUGUUGCUACGAUUCUUACUGGUCUACUCUCAUUCAUGUUGUCCGACGAAAUGACUACUGGUUCCGUGAAUUCUAGCGCAGCGCAGAAGCGCCAUUUUGCAUUGAAGAGUCAUGCUUGGAAUUUGAACCAGGCAAGGUUUAAAGAAGCUUUUCCAGAUUACUGCACUCCUUACGCGAAGGAUGUUCCGAAUAUGGGUGAACAACACAAACAACAUGAAACACCCAAUCUUUCUCCCCCUACCUCUUUACCGCUUUUCACUCCUCCUAAUACUAUGCCAUUUGCCUCCACCGCCACGCCUACAUCAAAUACACUAGCGGCCUCAACUUCCUCUCCAGAUGCGUCCAAGGCAAAACCAAAGGCCGCUGAUGAUGCAUCAGGGGCAGCUGAAGUAGCAAUGUCCUGGGGACAGGUCCUUUGGGAGAAAUGGCGGUGGGGAGUUUUAAUUGCCCUUGCGGUGGUAGUCUCAAGACUGUCUUCUGCC